GUAAAAUGUUUUUAAAAUGAAUAUUCUAAUUUAAAAUAAAUAAUCUAACCUAUUAAUUAUUAUGCAAUAAUUUUAUUAAAUAAACGUUAAUCAUUUACAUGGAGUUUCCUUUUAAAGUGAAUGAAUUAUUUCGUGAUGACAUCUCAAUCAUUGACUGUCACUUGAUUCCAAGGGGUGUGCAAGUUGUCAGCUCGAAGCAAAGUAAAUACAAAGACUAUGUGGGCAUCAUCAUUGAUGAACUGGGGAAAGCUUCAGCCGAGGCUCAAAGGUUAACAUGUGAAAUAACAUCAAAAGAGAAGCUUUUGAACACAGACAACAGAAUUUAUUUAAAAGUGGAUAGAGGUAAAAACAGAGUGAUAGGUUACAUAAAAGUAGGCACGAAGAAAUUGUUUCUAUUCGACACUGCCCACAACCAACAUGAACUGGAGCCCAUCUGCGUCUUGGACUUUUACGUUCAUGAAUCCAUGCAAAGGAAAGGAUGUGGGAAGGAACUUUUUGACUUCAUGAUCCAGGCUAGUGUUAGGGAUUUGAGUGAAAACAUCCGACCUUGUGACCUUGCUAUAAAUAGACCGUCAGAGAAAUUUCUUGCCUUCCUGGGCAAGCACUACUCGCUAAGUAGGAUCAUCCCGCAGAUGAAUAAAUUCGUGAUCUUCGAUAACUUUUUCGAUGGAAGAGAAAUUCCUGUAAACAGAAGACAAUGGAACUAUGAUGACAACCUUGAUGAUGACGAAGAUAACGAUAUUCACUCGUACCACCAUCAUCAUCUUAAACACCAACAGAAACUUCAUCAUCAUAAGAGCGCGCCUGUAUCUAGUUAUGGUCAACAUCGUCAACAGCUGCAGCAACAACAGUCGCCACAACAGUCGCCACAACAGCAGCAAAAUCAUCAUUACCAGGAACGUUCCCCUCAAGUUCCACCAUCAUCAUUGACUUCGACCGGUCGUGUUGAACAUACAUUCACCAAUAAGAGCAGCCCAGCAAACAGUAGUAGCAGCUGCAGCAACAACAACAACAGCAGUACCAUUGAACUACAAACAACCGCCUACAACCAUAAGCACACCGACUCAUCCUUUAACAUAUUCGGAGUGCAGAGAGCCAUGUCAAACUUAGUAAUUAAUACUACUACUGCUACACCUGAAAGAAACAUUCACGACCACGAUCGUAACUUUGGCAGUAAUUGUAUCAGUAGAUCGAGUUUUAACGUUAAUGCUGGCAGCGGUAAUAAUAAUACUAGAGUUAAUAGUAGCAGUAGGAGAAGUAAUACUAUUUUUUACUAG